UAUGUUUUGCUUCAUAUGCUGUUUUGCUUCAUAUGCUACAGUAAGCUUCAGAGUGAUGCACUGAGGGAAGCUAUCUCCACCAUUGUGAAUGCUUCAAAAGAGAAAAAGCGGAACUUCACUGAGACCAUUGAACUCCAGAUUGGGCUAAAGAACUAUGAUCCCCAAAAGGACAAACGUUUCAGUGGUUCUGUGAAGUUGCCACACAUUCCUCGUCCAAAGAUGAAGGUCUGCAUGCUUGGAGACGCCCAACAUGUGGAAGAGGCAGAGAAGAUAGGUUUGGAUUAUAUGGAUGUGGAAGGCUUGAAGAAAUUAAAUAAGACCCCUUAA